AUGAAUCUAAUAAAGAUUUAUAAACCAUUUAAAAAACAACAAAAUGAACAAGAUGGUAAUCAUUUGAAUUGCUUUGUUUGGGAUUCAAAAGAUGUACAAGAGAUAAGAGAACAAUAUAGAAUCGUUGGAAAGAUUAUUGGAAGUACACAAGAAUCAAAGUUUCAUACACGUAUUUUAUUUGGUACGAUCCCUCUUUUAUUGAAUCCUUUAGAGGUGUUGUUGGGAAUGGAGAAAGGUUGGUUUCUAUUGAUAGAGGAUGAACUCAUUCUAUGUCCAACACAAAGUGAUCUUCAAAAAUUCAAUGACAAGAGAGAACAAGACCUCAACAAUCAAAUCAAAGAUAUCAUUGAAACAAAAAGACAAAAAGAUGAACAAUUUAAAAAGAAAAAGAUUGAAGAAGAAGAACAACAAACAAAUCAAUCUAUUACAACGACGGAUGAAGGAGAAACGAAUCAAAAAGAAAAAGAAAAUGUAAACAAACAAAAACAAGGAAAAGUAAAGAAACAAAAAAAAGAACAUGUUAUUGACGAAACAAAUGGGUCAUCAACAUCAAUCAUUACAAAUCAACCAACAAUAAUGACAGAAGAAAAAAAACAAAAACAAUUUCAACAAUAUUUAGAGGGUACUACAACAGUGACCAUUUAUUCAUCGAUUCAAGAGGCAAGCGAUGAAGGUAUGAUUAAAAGACCUGGUAGAAUCAAUCGAUUGGUUGGAGUAGAGGAAUUCAAGAAAAUGAUCAAAGAGGACGAUCCAACAGGAAUGCUUUGGAAUCAAUACCUUGUAUUUAGAGAUCUUUGGGAACGAGGAUAUCAUCUAACAAUGGGAUUAAAAUUUGGUGGCACUUUUCUAGCUUAUCCCGGUGAUCCCAUACUGCACCAUUCAGAUUUCAUUGUGGUUGUAAAGGAUUUUAAAGAAUCAUUUAAAUCAAACGAUAUAUUAUUUAUGACCAGAUUGGCAAUCAAUGUAAAAAAAACUAUUUUAUUAUCAUCUUUUAAUCCAAAUACAAACUCUUUAUCUUAUCAUUCCAUUUCAUGGCAAGGUGUUACUUAA